UCCCCUUCUCCAAGCCACUACCAAUAUUUUCAGCUCACCGCCUUCAUUGCACUGCACUAUAUAUAUGCAAGCAGCCAUAAUCUUUCAGAACCACAGAGAGAAUCCGAAACAAACCGAGCGAGUUGACUCACCUGCGCAUUCACAAAGCUAUGGCUUCCUUAUUGGCACUCAGGAGAGCCACAACCGCCUCCUCAGCUCUGUUCAACAGACUCGUCAACCCUGUCCGCCACGCCUCCGCCGCUCCCUCUGUUUUCCGAUCAUUCAACACUAACACGCAGAUGAAGGAAUAUGACGACGAUGAUCGCGCUGUCGACUUCGAUCGCCGCUCUGAUCGUUCCAUUUCUCGCCGUCGUGACGCGUUUCCUAGCUUCUUUUCAGAUGUGUUGGAUCCAUUGUCGCCGCCGAGGAGCGUGAGCCAGCUGCUGAACAUGAUGGACCAAUUCAUGGACAAUCCGUUCGCCUGGAAGUCUCGCGGGUUGAGUCCCUACACCGUGAGGGAGGACGACGACGUCCUCUCCAUCAAGAUGGACAUGCCGGGACUGGACAAGGACAAUGUCAAGAUAAGGGUGGAGCAGAACACGCUGGUGAUCAAAGGCGAAGCGGAGGCGGAGGAGAAGGAAGACGACGCGGAUCAAUACGCACGGCGGAGGUACUCCACGAGGCUGGAGAUUCCACCGAAUCUGUACAAGCUUGACGCGAUCAAGGCCGAGAUGAAGAACGGAGUGUUGAAGGUGGCGAUUCCGAAGGUGAAGGAGGAAGAAAGGAAGGAUGGUUUUCAAGUUAACAUUGAUUGAGUGGUUUGGUUCCCUUUGUGAAUAGGAAGAGUGUUGAAGUGUUGAACAAAUGCUUCAUUCCGCCAUGAGAAUGUAACAGUUCUAAGCUUUUUCGCUUCAAGCAUUGAU